AUGCCGACCACACUAUCCGUUCCCCACCUGCCGUCCAACUAUCGGCUCCACAUUGCCCUCUUCACCUCGGUCACCAAUGCCGCCCACUUACACUCGCAGCUAUUAGCUAAAAACGCCGAAUACGAGUAUGCCUUUAUUGAGCCGUCCAUCCUCGUUAGCCAUCUCCAGCCCAUUUCAGCCGGCUUCCGCGCUAUCCAUGACCUCUUAGACCCAGAUGUCGGCCUAAGAACCCCAAACGUGCACUCAGAGACAGUGUUUAGCCUCAGUCCCACUCAUAACAUUACGGACUCAUACCGCCGCUUUGGCAUCUCGCCUAGUUCUACUUCUGUGCUGGCAAUCAAGAUCUUGGAUACUUCUUUGGCCUCGUAUUCUGAGUCAAGCACCCUGGAACGGCUGGCCUCGAUAGUCGAGGGAACGGAAGUAAAUUUUGACACUAAGGAAAUCAGAAAACUGACAGAUUUAAGUAAAGUCAAAAAAUAUUACAAGCUAAAGGAUCUGGGCUACGUGGACCAGCUUUACAAGAAGAAAGGAAGAACCAUUGAAGAAAAGUCAGAAGAGCAGGCAUGGCGGGAUUUGGAAGGCGCCGUUUUGGGUGCAAUGGCAUUAAGGAGCUUGGUGUAA